AUGCCUAAAUCCAGCCAAACUUCUUCUAAAGAAAAAUCAUCAUCCAAGACUGAAGCCAAACCCAAGAACAUGAAGCCCAAACCAAGGAAAAUUGCAAAAUUGUCAAGUGAACUUGCACCUACAACUGCUCCUUCUCCACUUAUAUCCUUCAUUGUACCUGUACCAUCAUCCCAUAUUCCUGUUGCACACACUAUUCCCACUUCUACUGGACCCUCACUUCCAAAACCACCUGCCCAUGCACAUGUGUCUGCCUCGAAAAAUACCUCUAAGUCCACUAAAAUCAAGGCUACUCCAAGAAAAUCUGUUAAAAGUGAUAAUGUGGUGAUUGAUGUUGCUGCUAAGGUGGAUACAAUAGUCAAGGAAACUGUGGUCCAGGGGGAAUCAGUGUCAACUAUUAUAAGUCGGGUAAAAUUAACUCCAUCAAAGUUAGAUGUUCUGUUUUCUUCUAUUGAUGUUGCACCCUUAGAUAUAACCAUUAAUGUUGAGGAUGAGGAUGAUGAUGAAGGCGAGGAAGAAGGAAGAGUGGUGGCUAUUCACGAGGAGCAUCAGGCUCAGUACAUGGCUAAUGAUAUUGAUGAGAAAAAGAGUGAGAAUAAGGGGGAAUCUGGUGAGCAGAAGGAAAGUGAGGCAGAAGAAAAGUUAGAUGAACGGGUGGGUGAUUAUGGAGAGGAAAAAAAGGAUAGCGGGGAAGAAGGUGAUUCUGAGAGUGAAGGCUCUAUAGCUAUUGGAAACACUGUCAUAACCCCUUCAAAAGAAGUAAGUGGAGAGAAAAGGACUGAAAAAACUGGGCCCUUUUUAACUCCUUUCACCGGAGAUAAGGAGGUAAGUAGUGAUGAGGAUAAUCUACCCCUGUCUGCAGUAGGAAAGAAAAGCAAGAAGGCCCCUCUGCAGACUACAAAGUCAGUUAUCCCUGCAAGAAAAGAAGUGGAUCCUCCUUCUAGGACUCCUCUCAUAAGGAGUAAAAUAAAGGUUGUUGAUGAACAAAUCAUUAAGGAGUCCAGAGGUGCCAAGAAGCCAAGGAAGCAAUAUCUAGUUGUUGAACCUGUUAUUGAGUUGGAUGCAAAAGAUGAGUCUGAUUCUACUUUGCAAGAAAAGACAUCAGCACAAAAGAGAAAGGCUGUCAAAUCUACCAAGGCAGCUACCCUAUCUAAAUGGGCCAGUAAAGGAAAGAAAAGGAAGGGUAUGCCUCUUGUGGUUGAUAAGCUCACUGAGUUCAAGAACAGAAAAGUGCUGAAUGGGAAAAUUCUAGCAAACACUAAUGAGAAAGGGAUGGCUCAAUUAGUUUAA